AUGCCAAUCCCACACUACGGCGUGUGGAAGGGCAUUCCUGUUUCCUACCAAGUUGAUGGUCCAAAUGACCGUACUCCUCACAUCAACCUUUCCUUCAAGGAUGACAACCACGGAACGAUCAAACGGAAGGCAGCAAUCAAUGUCAAAUCCCAGGACCACCCGAACGAACUUGUCUACUGGUUCAACCAUAACUUCUCUCACUCGGUGACUCGAGACCUCGAACAUCUAGACUACGGCUUCCACCCGAUUGAUCCCCGUGAUCGUGACACACGCGACGUUGCCCUCGAUUACAUCCGCACUCGUAACCUGCUCCGAAUCCCCGAUGGGAGAAUCUUGCCAUUUCGCGAAAGCGGACCAGAUAAUGACAUCCUCGAUCAACUCCGACCCAUCCUCGACGACGCCAUCACACAGCGGGCAGACAUCUACCUCUAUGGUUCGUCCUUCGGCUCCGGCAUUCAUGACAUACAUAUGAAUCAAGGAAGUGUUGGUUUUCCCAACGGCAUUGGACAAGAUGGAGCUUUCUUUGUACGAUUUCCGGAUGGUCAUUGGGAAGCAGUGUUUCUGGCCUUUGCAUCACAGCGGAUUCCCACUGACAACCGGAAUGGGCAACCAGUGUCUGAUAGCACAUCACUAGAGAGAAUCAUUGGGAGACAAGGACGUCCACGGCUCUGA